GCAAUCGAGUUUCGUUUGCUCUCGAAUCGAACCGCGGCGAUAACGGUGGAUGUCGUCGGGUAGAAGGUGGUGCAGGAUUAACAAACUGUAUUCUUCUAUUUUUAAAUGUACUUUUUAUUUUAUUUCACGGCAUGCGGGCGAGAUGAGCGUUGGCGUUAGUAUUCUCCCCGGUGCGAUGGAGCUGAUCCCAUUUCGAAUUUCGAAAUCAUGUCAUAUGAGGAGUUCGUGUUUCCAACGAGCGCGUCUGGUGUGUGGCGCGUCGCCGUCGUUGUCGUCGUUGAGUGGAGGCCUGCACCGCGAGAAAUGCGCGCCGGAGGGUAACUAAACGAUCGCAGUUAGUACGAGCGCGGAGAUUCUUGCAGUGCAUCAUAGUCAUCAUCACCAUCAUCGAAGUACACAUUGCACACCACAUGUCGUCUACGCGAUUGCUAUUUGCAAGCUCGCUCGUUGAAGCUUAUCUCGCUUCUCACGCUAGGGAAUAAGUACGGGAAAGUGUUUAGUAGUAAGUGAUAGAGCACGUCCCAACCGUUUGUCGACUGGUGAUGGUUGAUAUGUGUUUGAUUAUUGACAUCGGAUUGGCAUAACAUGGAAGGGUGGCAACGUGUUUCGUUGGUUUUGUGCAUUUUCGGCUUCCUGAAGGAGUUCCGCCCAAGUGAACCGUUCGUGUUUCAGUUUCUGACCGGUCCCUGGCACAAUGUGACAGUGGAACAGGUGGUGCAGGAUGUGUUUCCCAUUGGGACGUAUUCGUAUGUGGCUCAACUGGUGGUGGUGUUUCUAAUUACUGAUUAUUUCCGAUACAAGCCGUUGAUAAUUGUGGCCGGGUUGGCCGGAACGGUUGUUUGGUGCCUUUUUGUAUGGACCAGUUCACUGGGAGCACUGCAAAUACUGGAGAUAUUCUAUGGAACGUACAUGGCUGCAGAGAUUGCGUAUUGGACGUACAUUUACGCUAAAGUUGACAGAAAACACUAUCAAAAAGUCACUUCACAUAUCCGUUCGGCAACUCAGGCGGGAAGGUUUCUAGCGGCAACGAUUUCACAAACGGUUAUUUACUUCAAGAUUACCGACUAUCUAGGCUUGAACUACAUUUCGUUAGCAGCUCAACUAGCCACAACAAUAUGGGCCUUUAUGUUGCCAUCAGUGCCGGCCAGCAUGUACUUUCACCAUCGAGAAACUACCCUGGACGAGGAGAUUGAGUUGAAAGUGGGUAGUCCUCCAGCUGAUGUACCCAAAUCAACCUGCAGCCGGGCAUCCACCCUUCUGUGGAAUCAUUUCAAAUCUGCAUACACCAACUUUACCGUGAUAAGAUACAGUUUGUGGUAUUCUCUAGCCGUGUGCCUUUACUAUCAAAUUACAUCCUACGUGCAAGCUUUAUGGUCCGAGAUAGGUGGGCCUGACACCGUACUUUGGAAUGGAGCUGUCGAAGCUAUACUCACGUUAAUGGGAUCUGUGGUGGCCCUCCUGGCAGGCUACGUCCCGCCACGGUUUCUCAAACUGCACACCACUAUUCUAGCCUUGUCGACGAUCGCCAUACUGGAAGGCUUUGGGUUGCUCAUGGCAACGAAAACGUCCAACCUGACUGUUUCUUACGUCGGAUACACGUUGUUCGGCAUCCUGCAUGCUUUCACGAUAACGCUCGUCAGUUCGGAAAUCGCCAAACACAUCUCCGACGACAGUUUUGCGUUAAUCUUUGGCAUCAACACCAUGGUCGGACUGGUGUCCCAAACCAUACUUACCAUUGCCGUGGUGGAUAGCGACGGUUGGUUCGCUUUGGACAUCCGCGGUCAGUUCACAUUGUACAGCUACAGUUUCAUAGCCAUCGGGAUAUUGUUCAUCGUGUUCCUCGUAAUCGAACUGUGUCGUGUUCCAACAAAUUCAAGUACAAAAACAACUUUGACUGAUAAAUAGUUUUGAACGGAAUACUCUAUUUUUUAAGCAAUAUAUUUAAAUACUAAUCAA